GAAACCAUGAAUACAAGUAAGCGCUUCGGUGAUGCAGGACAACCAAAUGCGGAAGAAAAGGCACUUGGAAGUUGUCCAAUUUGUCCAUCUUUUUCUUUUAAAUCGAAGACUGAGAUGGAUAGACAUCAAAGCAUGUUUCAUCGCCACCAGAAGAUACCGUCCAAAGAGGUUCAACAUAUCUACUGCUCAUUUGAAGGAUGUGGAAAAAGUUUUGGUUCAGA